AUGUCUCAAUUUGCGUUCGGCGCCAACAAAUCUUACAACCCUCCGACCGGACCGAGUCUUAAGCCCCGGAAUGGCCGCUGGCUUAUACCUUUGAUGGCUACAAUUGGUCUCGGGUUCGGCGCCUACAACUACUACGUCGAAGCCAAGUCUCGCAGAGAAUACUCCCAGGCGGAGGAAGAGAAACGCAUGGCUCGAAAUCAGCAACUUAUGGAUGCAUACGGCGACAAAAACAGUCUUCAUGAUGUCCAGCAUGCCCUCGACACCUACCACGCUCAAUAA